AUGGAGGGCGCACGAGCGCCUCGGUUCAUCAAGACGACGGCCAACGCCACCGUGGACCACCUGUCCAAGUACCUGGCGAUGCGGCUGGCGCUGGAGGAGCAGCAGAGGGUGGGGCCGGCGGGCAAGGCGGCCGGCACGGUGGAGGGCGCCAGCGAGAAGCAGUACACCAUCUAUAUCGCCACCACGGGAGGGCAGUUCACUACCUUGAACGGGUCCCUGUCUCUGGACAAGGUGAACGAGAAAUACUGGAAGGUCAACAAGCCCAUGGAGCUCUACUACGCUCCCACCAAGGACCCCAAGUAACAGGACAGGCAACGCAUCUCUCGCGCCACAAGCUCACGACCUCCUCGCAAUCUUUUCGACAAUGGCAACAUUUUGUUUCGCUCUGGGACAGCAGAGCACACGCACAGGUGGCGGCGGUUGCUUGCCGCGUCACUUCCACGUCACCGCGUCCCCCGUCGCGCUCGGCAGUUUCGCGAGAGGAUUGAAAAUCUUUCCCGCGGCCUGACGUGCAUUGGGGGCUUUGUCGUUCGUCUCGCGCCUCUUCUGUUCUUUCUUUCUCUUUCCUUCUCUCCCCACCGGCACGAAACGAGCCGGUGCCCGCCAGGCCGCACCGGCGCUCCCCAGGAUGCGCCGGGUUUCUGUUUUUCCACCGCGCCGGUUGCCGAGCCGCGCCGGUUGCGUCGCACGCGGGCGAAUGAGCCGUGAGCCCCACGCCUGGCCCUGCUGGGCCCCCCCCCCCCGCACCCAGAUUCGGAUGACGUCUUGUGAGGCCGGCGGAGCACGGUUUGGUUCCUGCUCCGUACCGCGAGGGCCCCUGACCGAAAUGGCUCCGCUCGGGAGUGCCGGUGGGGGGGGAAGGGGGAGACAUUGGGCUUUCACAGUCGUUGCGCCGUCCGUCACGUUGGGAGUUGUCGUUCAGCGUCGGGAAGUCGGGAACUCGUUGGCACGGGGGCCGCUUACCCCGCUGUGGGCUCGCACCAAGUCGGGGCGAUCGUCAAAUUGGAUGCGGCAGUUGCGUUUGAUGGAUCGAGUCGGAUCGGCCUGAAUGGUGAAAAUUAAUUACCGUAUUCUCUGGAUCACAAAAGACUUCUCGCCUGUACUUCUUAAUCUAUUUUAAUGCGACAGUUGAGGGGUGCGUGUGCAUUGUAGGAGCGGUGGCGCAGUGGUUAGCACACCGUGCUACGAAGCCGGCGACUCGAGUUCGAUUCUCGCUCACGGCCAACAUCGGUGACGAUUAUCUGAGCCAACUGUUGGACCUCAGCCAGAGUGACAAGGCCGAAGAAAUGAGUACCUGGUGUGCUGUGUGAACGUCAGCAACUGGGGGCGGGGGGAGGGGGGGAGACAAAGGUGGUCGAGCACAACUCUGUCCACGCCACCCCAUUACGCUGUGUCGGCCUUCGCAAGAUGCUCGCUCACAGCACUUGCCCCAAACAGACUCUUGAAGGCUACACGGGGGGGAUCUUUGUCCUCCUGGCCAGAGAGCUGUGUAACUUUCAUUGCCACUGGGCACAAGUGUUUGGCGGCGCGUCCCAACUUACCGGAGCGUCUCUUCGUAUCAGGAGAAUGCGGUAAUCGUGGAGACAUAGUCACCCACUCGGGGUGGGCGGACGGGGGGCUGUGGGGGUGCUCAUGUGGACGUUGAUGGGCGGGGGCAGGAGGGCGGUUUUCGAACAAGUCCAGUACAACGCCGCCUAUCCGACUCGCUAGGGUCGACGUUGAACACGAGAGGCACGUCACGCCCAGCGAGGCGGUGGAGGUCACCUGAGCUUUCAUGCCGAGGGCUUAUAAAGCCGAGGGCUUUAAAGCUUUUACUCAUUUUUUUUGGUUUAAACGCAUCGCCGCGAUCGGGACGAUGGCGGGUCGGCGAGCGCGCGGAAGACUUGGUCGCUGCAAGCGAGCGAGCGACGCCGUCUUGUGAUUGACGCCGCACGCCGAGGCGAGCGUUAAACUAUUUCGUACGUGUAAUCGGUGACGUUUCGGGCAACGGACCUUCUUCAUGGCACCGCUGUGCUUGUUGAAUGGAUUGAGGUUUUUGUCGUUUGUUUGCUGGGGCACCCACAGCCAAUGCAGUCUCGCACAUUUUGUGAAAAUGUCAAAUUUGUGAACAAUGAUAUAAUACGCACGCGCACACACACACACGUGUACAAAGACAAAGAUCCCCCGUGUAGCGUCAACAGAUUAGGAGCAAGUGCUGUUGGCGAGUAGCACCUAUGAAGGCCGGUACGGCGCACGAGGGGGUGGGUGGCCAGCAUCUACUCCCAGCCGCCUUUGUCUCGCACACCGCCCGCACCAGGUACUCGUUUGAGGCUGAGUCGACCUAGGGGAGGUCCAGGACCGGUUCAGAUUUGCGUCACCGGUGUUGGCCACGAGCGGGAAUCGAGCCGCUGGGUUCGUCGGGCAACGCCGUUCACCGUUGCGCGACCCCUCCACACAACAACAGCUCUACCCAAGGCCAGGUGCAUUGAGGCACAGGAGGUGUACAUUCAAAAGCGCACGCACACAGCUCGCACGCACCCACACGCACCCACACGCACCACACGCACACAGCACACACAUGCACCCACACAGCACGCACACACGCACCCACACGCACCCACACGCACCCACACGCACCCACACGCACCCACACGCACCCACACGCACCCACACGCACCCACACGCACCCACACGCACCCACACGCACCCACACACAACACACGCACACAGCACACACAUGCACGCACACAGCACACACAUGCACCCACACAGCACACACGCACCCACACGCACCCACACGCACCCACACGCACCCACACGCACCCACACGCACCCACACGCACCCACACGCACCCACGCACCCACACACAACACACGCACACAGCACACACACAUGCACCCACACAGCACGCACCCACGCACCCACGCACCCACACGCACUCACACAUUACGCACACACGCACCCACACGCACUCACACGCACCCACACGCACACAGCACGCACCCACACGCACCGUCUCAAUCCCCCAAAGGACCGGUUUUCGGAAAAUGGAAGAUAGUCCCCGGACUCGCCGUGGUACCGGGCCGUUGAGAACCGCGGCCGCCCCCACCCUCGUGUCGUCGUCGUUGUCGUCGCGUUGCCGUCGCGAGAGGUAGGUUUAGCACAGAUCGCUUGCUUCACGGCCACUUUGUACAAUGGUUUGUAGUUUGGUUUAAGACGAUUAUAUAUAUAAAUAUUAAAAAGCUG